AUGAAUCCAGUCCAAGCAUGUCGUCGCAGCAGCCGCCGACGGAUACGUGGCACAUGGCCGAGCUUCUUGCCUCACACCACCAUGAGCCUCCUCACCCUUGGCCCCGACGUCCUACUCUACGUCCUUCGCUUCGCAGACGUUUAUACGGUGGUACAAAUCAGAAUGGUCUGUCGCGCAUUGCACAGGCUAGCACAGUCGAAGCAACUCUGGAUCGCCCUCGUCUCGUCGUUGAAGCGGCGCGGGCUUGUUGCGCUCCCACCCGACGUAAUGCUGCAUCAAUACUCUACGCCCGAGCUCGUUGCCCUCGUCAAGCGUGUUGUUCUUGGUCCCCUUGUCUGGCAGUCUUCACCGUCGUCUCCAACUGCUCCGCCCACUGAGGAGUUCAUCCACCGUUUUGUUCUCCCCUUGACUCCUACUACAACAGGCGUGCCUUUGGAUGCUGAGCAUGACCUCUCGCGCGUGGAGGCGCUGCCUGGGGGGCGGCACGUGCUGAUUCAGCGAUUCCAUCGGCGACAAGAGCUUUGGGAUGUGUCUGGGGCGAAAUGUAUCUGGGCCCACAAGAUUGUCACAGCUACGGUAGCCCUGCCGGUCUAUGAAAGGGAGGAGGUUGUAUUAUGUAUGUUCGAGCAGGCGGCACCGGAGUCCUCCCUUACGGUUCUGGUCAUUGACCUCGCAACCAAUGCCGUCGAGCCGGCGCUCCAACUCUCCAUCCCGGCGCCUCUUGUUGCUGUCCGACCGCAUUUUGUGCUCUCGGCUUAUGCACCGCUCGUCGCGCUGGAGGCAAACUUCAUCCAACAACAGAGCGUGCAACGGGCGCUCGUUCUCAUCAAUAUGGAGGCAGGGCAGUUCUGUUUGCUGAGGGGCAAUUUUUUCGCCAGGACCGUGCAGUUUCUUCCUGGCCACGUAGUCGUGCUUGCUGACCCAGAUGAAGAUGCCGACAGCCGGACCCAAAUCCACCUGAUUUUCUAUGCGCUCGCGAAGCUUCCUGCGGACCUGUGGCGACCGCUAGCUGAUCUCGCUUCCCUUACUACCGCUAGCCUUCCAGCGGAUGAUAUGACCCAGUCACCUGCGCCGCUGCAUGCAUUGACGCAAACAUUCUUCUACGCAACCGACCGGCGCCUAGUGGAAAAGCAGCUUGAACUCGCCGUCCAUGCCUCCGUCUUGCAUAGCAACGCGUACCUCCUCUCGUGGUACUGCGGUAUGGACUACAUGGCCACCGCCGAGGAUGGCACGCGCGAUCCCGAAUACACAUUUGCGCGAUUCCACUUCCGGCCGGCCCGGGAUGACGAACCCCAUGUCACCCCCCUCACCCACAUCACGCGGCGCUGCACCCCGCACAGGUUUGUCCGGCGCGGCUUCGCCGGAUCCACCGGGAAAAGCCUGACAUACGCCGGAUUUGCGCGUCGCAUCCACAACCCGUAUUCCGCGGGCGGGUUUGACGGCCCACUACACUCGCUGGCGCCGUUCUCCGACCGCACAAUUCACGCCGUCAGGCUGAAAAAGCUCGUGCUGGAGCCGUAUACCCCGGUCAUUGUCGCAUGGUGGGAGGGGCAAUCAAAACUUGAUGUGGGAUACCUGGCGUGA